AUGUGCGGUGAACAGAUUCGAAAAGAAAAGCCCAGCAUAUUUCCACCGGAAUCGCGGAAGAGGGUCUCUGAAACGGCGUCAACAAGAAUGUUCCAGCAAAGCCAUUGUCUUCUGGCUGCCUCGACCUUUGAAUCCUUUCACCAGACAGCCUCAUUCAAAAUGGAAGUGAGUUCAACAAUGACACGCGUUGUGUUCGGUUCAAUUUCGAGUGAAUGUGACAUGUGGUGGUAUUUCCCACCAGCCGACGACGGCAGAUUCGUUUUGGCCAAGCGUCGAUUCGCUUUACGCAUGCACGAAAACGGAGGUGAUGGCUCAAAAUAA